UCCUUUAAAUAUUGUCAUCAAUAAAUUACAUGUUUACUUUGUUUUUCAUAGGCAUAUAAGAGUUAUUUAUGAGUUCUUUGUUGCAUCAAAGCAAUUGAAAGCUUUUCGAGUAAUUUACAUUCAAUGAUAGUAAAGAAACUCUCGGGUUCCAGCAACAAACACACAAACCGUACAUUCAAACACCACAAAAAACCAAAAAACUGUGAAUAUAUUUAUAAAAGAAUAGGGUAGGCCCAGGAUUUUUUAUUUUUUUUUUGCUGGGGGAAUUUUUGUUCGAACUUGGGGGGUACUACAGUUGUCGCCAUUGGCAAACCUGUUCAAUCUUUUGGGUUGCUUUUUUCCUGAACUGCACACGCAAAAUUAGACCCUUUCAUGGUUUAUGCUUUUAGUGGGUCGUCCAACCUUUAGACGUAGGAAGGAAAUGGCGAUGGAGGGGGGGAGCUGGAUCUGCACUUGCUUCCAAACAGACAACAAAGAGAACACAAAACACAAGUAAAUAAACAAGUACUUACUUGCUCUGUCCGUUUGUUCUCCUCGGUGCUACUUGAUGAAUCGACAAAAGAAAAAGAAACACAAGCCAUACAGACAAAAAAAAUAGAAACAACGCAAUCGACCACUCCGAAAGACCAGUUAACACAGCCAUCAGAAAAACAGUAGCAUUUAACUUUAACUGGACAAACACGCAACAACAAAGACAGAGAGUACAAAACCCGAACAAGCAAAAAUACAAGCAGCAUAGCACAAAACCAAAAAGGAACACAAAACACGCAGAUGCGCACAAUGGCAAGACACUUUGCAUGCUAUACAAAGACAAGAACACGCACACACAACUACUUUCGGUUUUCAGUACGGGGAAUCUUGGGAAACACGUACGACUUUAAUCCUAUCCAGAGGAACAAAUUUGAUAAGGACUGUAGUGUCUAAAAUAUUGGAACUGAAAAGUGUUCACCUUUUGUUUUAAAUGUGCAAUAUUAUCACCACUAGAGAAAAACCUGCCAGUUGGGCCCGGUACAUGUGUAGUCUCUUCAAUUCAUAACCUUUAGUUUUUUCUGGACAGAAUAUCUCAAGGUUUUUACAGCAUUUAAGAACCAACAAACUUAUCCCUUACUGGGUUAGUUUGUUUAUACUGAAACAAGAUAUGGUACAUUACUCACCAAACAUUGUAUGUCUUGAAUCAGGGCCAGUACAGUGGAAAGUUCACUUUGUCAUGUCUGGUGAUUAACCAGAAUUUUCUGCUUAGUAUUUCCUAUACAUUGAUGAAGGGGAGUUGACACCUCCGUCUCGCUCAGCUCCUCUUGUGAUGUCAUUCAUGAGACCCUCCUGUCCCCGUUACUCGCGGGAGUCCCAGGCUAUUCAUGCAUCUUGUGUGAUAACACGAGCGCCACACAGCCAGCAAGCUUGGCCGGCCGGAGACACCAGACACUCGAUGUGAGCAUACAUCCGUGUCGGCCCACGCGGCAUUUUGAUCGAUCUGGCUUACAGCACCAACCCACCAAUCAGCAUGAUCAACGGCACUGCACAUAAGUACGUGGCUUGCUUCGAUGUGGUGGAGAAACCCUCUCUGACAACGCCUGAAUGAACAGUCAAGCAGCAAACGCUGUGCGAUUGCUGAAUGCACGCGGACGCUAGUCGGUAGACUGCCCGCAAGUACAACGCUUCGAAGAGACGGGGUGACAGUAAUCUGUUCUUCUAGCACCGGUAUGGCUGUCUUGUACACUUGGAAAAUACAAGACCCUGUUUUUUCCCCCUGAGUUAUGCAGAUAAAAACCACGACUAUGACUCCAUAUUUUAGUGUAACGAUUGGCUCCGAAGUGCAAGCAACUGAACGGAAGUCAUUGAGCCUUUGAGAGCGGCAGGGACGCUUCGACUUCGCCGUCACACUUUGGUGUCAUGCGGUAAACAUAACUCGAUUUGACAGGUGCAUGCCUCUACAAAGCGUACGUUACACAUGGUGAAUCAAGAGAAAGAGCACCACUAACUGUUGUCAGCCUUGUGAUGUGUAAUGAUAUUCCGAGAAGUUGUGAGAGUAAAUCACGGGAAAAUGCCUGUCUUUGGUCAUGCGUGGAUGAUGAGUUUAAUACCCGUGUUUUACCUGUUUCUACUUGCCUUGCCGAUCUCGGGAUCCGUUCAAAGGCUUCGGGAAAAAUUACAUUGCGAAAAUAGAAACUCAACAGCAGAAGGUGUCAAAUCGUUUCUAUGGCGGGUGAAGCGAGACACCCCUGCGUACUUCUUCGGCACCAUCCACGUUCCAUACACUCGUGUCUGGGACUACAUACCAGGGAACAUCAAACAGGCAUUCGGCGAGAGUGAAAACAUAUUCUUCGAGUUAGAUCUCACAGAUACCUACACUAUUUCAACCCUAACUAACUGCCAGUUGCUUCCUCAUGGGGAGAACCUCAGCGAUGUUUUACCAAGGAGUUUAUUUGAGCGACUGAGGGAACAUUUGGAGUAUGUCAAGAUCAUGAUGCCGUCAUGGAUGACAGCAGACCAGCGAGGAAGGGGCCUCUAUGCCGAUUAUCUCUUCAAUGCCAUUGCUGGAAACUGGGAGAGGAAACGGCCGAUAUGGGUCAUGCUCAUGGUCAACGCUCUCACAGAAACAGAUAUCAAAUCUCGAGGCAUUCCAGUUUUGGAUCUUUUCCUUGCCCAAGAAGCUAUGAGAAUGAAUAAAAGAACGGGUGCCGUGGAGCGGGUGGAGGAACAAUGCGUGCCACUAAACGGACUCAACUUCACACAAGUCCUUUUUGCUCUCAACCAAACAUUGUGGCAGCAAGAGAUCAUGCGUGCGGCCGCUGGUACAGCACGUCGACAUUACACAACAGAGGACCUUAUUUGGCACUACAACUGUGGCAACCUGAACUCCGUCAUUUUCAACCAUGACACAGCCCAGGUGCCAAACCUACUCAACUCUACACUGGGGCCAUAUGAAAUUAGCUUGGCCCAGGAAAUUGACGAGUAUUUUCGAGAAGAAUUGAUAUAUAAGAGGAAUCGGCGCAUGGCUGCCCGAGUCAAGGAGAUACUGGAUUUGUAUCCUGAGAAGAGUUUCUUCUUUGCUUUUGGUGCUGGGCAUUUCCUCGGGAACAGCACUGUAUUAGACCAGCUAAUCAAUGAGGGAUUUGAAAUUGAGAAUGUACCUGCGUAUGAAGAUGUUAGACUUACACCUACACCAUCAGAACACCUAAAGGAGGGUAGCGAAGUUACAGAUUCUACCUACCAGGACUCAUGGCACAACUACAAGUCCUGUGGCAGAUCUGCAUUACGUACUGCUAGUAAUUUAUAUGUAACUCUUACUUUAGUUGGAAAUAUUGUUAUGACAAGAAUUUGUAUUUUGCUUUUACCUGUAAGAUAAUUCCCGUUAAGCCCCCAAAAGAACAUUCUUUAACAAGAUUCAGCCAAAAAACUAUAGUUAUCUUUAAUUAUAUCUCAUGAAUAUUUAUAUCGAAUGUAUUAUAUUGUACAGACAGGUCUGCCUAAGUAUAUAAUUUGCAUAAAGAACUCUGUGAUAAUUGUGUACUUUCUGCUGCUGAUUUGAAGAGGUUGACUUAGUGGAAACUAAUCUCUUCACAUUGAAGAUUUUGUACAUUUAUAUACAUACUCAGUUGACGAAAAACCAUGUGAUACACCUUCCUAAAUGUCAGCUGACUGCUAUAAGGCAAAAGGGAAAAUUACAGAUUGGUGGAGACUAAUAAAUGCAUGAGAGUUGUUUAAUGUGGAUUAUUGUACCGGUAAGUGGGGUUUACUUUGGUUUUCUUAGUUCUAGAGUGUUUGUUGGGCUGGAUGGCUCGGUGAGUAGGUGGGUGUGUUCAUAUGAGGCUUUGUUUGUUUCAUUUUUUUAUCAAAUUAAGUCAUGGUUUUGAACUUUUGGGUUAAUAUUUAGAGUAAUUCUUGGCAGUAUUUUGGUUUUUUUUUUAUUUGUUUGUUUCUUUUUUGGUUUGCUUUGUUCUGUUUUGUUUGUUUUUUGGGUUGUUCCCAGUUAGCUUUGGUAUUGUGACAUACUUUUGAAUAAUUUUAAUCAUUGAAUAUUAACCUACUACACAACUUGUUUCAUUACUUAUUUGAACCAUUUCUUUAACCACUUGCUGCCGGGGAACCCCAUUUCGAGCACCAUGGGUUAUACGUAGAGCCGGGAUGCCUGAAAUGGGACAAAAGAGCUGGUCCAUGUCACAAAAGACCAUACUCGGAACAAAAGGCCUGCUGCUGGGAAUUGC